AUGCCAAAGAAAAGAAAAGCUGUUAGUGGUAGAACACAGCGUGAAAGAGACAGAGCUAGAAAGAGGCAGGCGAGACAAAAACCUUCAAUGUUAGAUGUGUCGCCAGAUGAGGAAGUGACUGAGUUCUCUGUUCCUUGCGGGACAGAGGAUGGAGCUAAGUCAGCUCCUCCCGGUAAUUUUUCGGGGCUUGGUUUGAUGGGGUUUCCACCUAAAGAGGAAAAACCCCUGGCCAGGGUGCAGGCCUCACCUUGUGUGAAAAUGCAUUCACCUGCCCCGAGGUUGCCAUCUCCUCGGGGAAGUCGUCUGUUUGUCCGCAACGAGGGCAAGGCACCGUCCCCUGACUCCCCACCGUGGGUUUGUGCUCCACCGAGGGCACCUGGAUCGGACAUAGUGCAUAUGUCUGAUCCAGCAGGUCAGGCGCAGCUGGAUACCUCCAGGGAGGAGGAGACCAGCAGGAUAUCAAAAGAUGAGGGAAAUUGUGAUGAAGAGAAAGUGAAUGAGAAAAAAAGAGAUCAGAAUGGGGAGAAAUCAUCUAAGAGAGGUAACUUUGAUAUGCCUAUCUCAGUCCAGGGUUCAUUUCAUCAGGCCCAUCCUAUGUUUGAAGACAAUGCUGGGACACAGUGUGUUGCUAAUUGUUUAGCAGGACUGGCCUAUCACAAACUUAAAAAUGCAAAGAAUUGGACAUCAAUGGACAUGGAUAGGAUUUUAAUGACAGGUGAUGAAUUGUAUACAUAUCUGCAAAGAAGCUCGUCAAUUAGUGAUAGGUAUUUACUCGUAGAGGAAUUACCACAGUUUUUUGAAUGCUUUAAUCGAUCAUACCAAUUUCAAGCAAAGGAAGCAUUCACAAGUGUUAUUUUGGCAGAUAAUGGAUUCAACUAUUCAGAGUUUAAUGCAUUACCCUUAGAUGAAGCUCUUCAGAUUGCUCUUGCAAACAAUGACGGUUGUUUUGUGUGCUUUGGUGGAAAUACUAUGCUUAUAGGAUCAACAGAUAAUGGGUUCUUCACUUUUGACUCCCAUUCAAGAUCUUUCAAUGGAAUGUUAAAUGUAUCAGGAAAGAGCACCAGAGUUUUAUUUCAAAAUGUAAGUGAAUUAUAUUCAUAUCUCAAGUCUCUUGCUCUUUCAAUGGGCUAUUCAAAAGAUGUUGAAUGUAAUUUGAGUGGUGUCAACUGCAAAAUGAAUUUCAUUGCAAAUGACAAUGGUUUGCAUGAGGAAAACAUAUCUGAAAGGCAAGAGUUGACAAUGGAAUCUGCUGUUGAGACUUGCAGUAGAAAUGAUGACUUGAUGUUUCUUAGUCAGGAGCAGUUACAAUUUAGUUUUGUCCCACUGACUAUGGAUAUAAAAGAACAUCUUUGUGAAAUGUUGAACAUUCCUUUCAUUUGCAAAGAAAAUUCAGACAACAUCCAAUGUACGAGAACUAAUAUUGCAGAACCAAUAUUUGAAAGAAACAUUUCAGGGGAUGGAAACUGCUUCUUCAGAGCUGUUUCAUUCAGUCUUACAAACUCAGAAGAUUUCCACCAUGUUUUGCGGAAUGCAGUAUGUGAGCACAUGAUGAAAAACAAAGAGUUAUUUAAGCCAUUCCUGAAAGACGGUGUUCAUUCUGUUGAAAGUCACCUUUCUUCUUCUAAAAUGUUGCAAGGAGGAACAUGGGCUACAGAGAUGGAAAUAUUUGCAACAGCUCACUUACUGAAGAUUGAUGUAUAUACCUACUCAGAGGGGUGUUGGUUAAGGUUUUUAGUUGCUGAUGUGGAACCAAGUAUGCAAAGCAGAAAUGGAGCAAUUUACUUGAAUCAUCAACAACAGAACCAUUACAAUGUAGUACUUUCUGUCCAUGGAGAGGAAUUAGAGUUGACAAAUAUGCAGCAGAGUAAAAUUCCACAGGAUUAUGGAAAGCGCUAUCAAAAUCGAUUACGAAUGAAGAAGAAAAGGCAAUCUACAUCAGAAAUGAAAGAGGAAAUAAAUGCUGUAGAGAGAAAAAACCAGUCUUUAAGAAAAAGGUAUUUGCAAGAUUCAGAAUAUAGAGAAAAGAAACUGAAAGCAUCAUCGGAAAGGUAUGCAAAGGAUGAUGAUCACAGGGAAGAAGUGAAAAUGAAAAGUAUUCAGAAAUAUAAAUUGAAUGACGAACACAGGGAAAAUGUAAUAGCUAAAGGCAAACUGAAGUACAAAACAAACGAAGUUUAUAGAAUUCAAGUUAAUUCUGCAAGUACAAAGAGAUACAGAGAAAAUGAAAAUUUUAGAGAAGCAAAACUCCACAAUGCAGCUAAGAAAUAUGAAAGUGAUGAAUCUUUUAGGACAAAAAUUAAGACUGCCAGUAGAAAUCAAUAUGAUUCAAGUGCAGUAUUAAAAGAGCAGAAGAAGGAGAGGGUAAAGAGGCAAAGAACUGCUCACAGAGUUGGACUGGAAAAUGAGGAAGAAGUAGUGAGAGUUUUUAGGGAAAAGGCUGUGGAAGGUAUUGAUUAUUCAUGUUGUUGCUGUGAUAGGCUCUUGUUUCAAAAUCAAGUUCAAAGAUGUGAACGGGAAACAUAUGCAAAAAAUGAGCAGGCAGCAAAUAUUGCUAAUUUGUGCAUUCAGGAGAAACACUGCCAUAAGUGCACUGAAUUGUGUCAGAAGAACUGCAGUAAGUCCAAAUUAUGGAUUUGUUACACGUGUCACAGAAAAAUCAUAAGUGGGAAUUUUCCAGCAGAGGCAGCAGCUAACAAAAUGGCCCUUGAAGAUAUACCAAAGAUAUUGAAAGAAUUAAACAGCCUUGAGAAACACUUAAUUGCGCUGCACAUACCUUUCAUGAAAGUAAUGGAUCUUCCUCACGGUGGUCAGAAGAAUAUUCAUGGGCCAGUUGUAUGUGUUCCAUCAGAUCUGAGGAAAGUUACAAGCUUACCAAUGAAACCCGGGGAAGAUUUUCUAUUAAGAGUAAAAUUGAAGAGAAAAUUGAGUUAUAAAGGGUACAGUGAAUACCAGUUCGUUGAUCCAAAGCACAUACUUGAGGCUUUAAAAUAUUUAAAACUGAACAAUCAGUGGUACGAAGAUGUAGCAAUAGACACAAACUGGAAAGGGCACUUAGACUGUCCCGAAGAAAUGUUGGAGCAAGGUGAUUUGGAAAAUGAUGAUCAGCUGCACAUAGUUUCAGAUACAUGUUUACAACCAGUAGAUAUUGGUCAGGAGGUUCUUGAUCAUUACUUUGAUGAUAUUUAUGAUAUUGCCCCAGGAGAAGGGAAUAACCCAAUAAGGAUGUUGCAGGAAGAUGGGAAUGAGGCUAAAACAUUUCCAUAUCUUUUUCCUAGUGGGCGUUUUUCAUGGAAUGACGAUAGAGAGACACGACUUACACUGUCAAGAUAUUACAACAAUCGCCUUAUGAAUACUGAUGACAGAUUUGCAAGAGACAACAAUUACAUUUUCUUCAGUCAGUUUAUGUCCGAUUUAAACCAAGUUAUAGAGAAGACGCAGAUUUCAAUCAGGAAGUCAGUGAGAAGAAUGGGCAAUGAUCAGUUUGUGACAGCAAAUAUGGUACAAAACCCAGAAAUGCUUUCCAAGUUGAUAAAGAAUGACGAAGCUCUGCGAUUCAUGCAGCCUAUACGUGGAACACCGGCAUAUUGGUCAGCUGCGCAAAAGGAUCUGUUUGCUAUGCUUCGACAGUUAGGUAUACCCACAUGGUUUUGUUCUUUCUCUGCUGCCGAACAUAGAUGGAAUGAUGCAGUUGCAACAAUACUGAGGCAGCAAAAUGAUACUAGAGACCCUUGUUUAUUGGACUGGUCUGAAAAGAAUGAAGUUCUGAGGAGCAAUCCUGUCACAGUUGCUAGAAUGUUUGAGCAUAGAUUUCAUGUUUUUCAGAAAGAGGUGAUAUUUUCACCGUCGGAACCAAUUGGGAAAGUAUCGGAUUUUUUUCAAAGAGUCGAAUUUCAACAAAGGGGGUCUCCUCAUAUGCACUGUUUGUAUUGGGUAGAAAAUGCUCCUAAACUUGAUGAAGAUGGUGAGGAUGCUGUCUGCAGUUUCAUUGACAAAUAUGUUAGUUGUGCAGUGCCCCCAGAGACGGAAGAUUUGGAAUUGAGGGAAAUUGUUUUGGGUGUACAACAACACAGCAAAAAACACUCAAAAACCUGCAAGAAGAAGGGGACAGAUUGUAGGUUUAAUUUUCCUAGGCCACCUUCUGUAUGUACGUUCAUUAAUUCGCCAUUUGAGGAAGAAAUCAUCUUGAAUAGUUCUGGAGAGGCCGCUGAUUUGAAACACGAACAGUCUAUUGCUAAAGAAAUACUUUUGCAAGUUUGGAAUGAAGUGCAAGAUGAAUCAAACCAAAUGCAGACUGCAGAAGAGAUUUUGAAACAUUUGGGUUUGACCCAAGCGCAAUAUGAAGAAGCUCAUAAACGACUAACAAAGAAGAAAUCAGUUGUUCUUCAAAGAAACGUAAGUGAUCUGUGGACAAAUCAGUACAAUCCGUGCCUUUUAAGAUGCUGGGAUGCCAAUAUGGAUAUUCAAUUUGUUUUGGAUCCAUUCAGUUGCAUUGUGUACAUCAUUUCAUACAUUUCAAAAUCUGAGAGAGAGAUGGGAAUGGUGUUAAAACAAACAAAAAUAGAGGCAGAGGAGGGAAAUGAAAAUGCACGCAUAGUCUUGAAAAAAAUAGGUUCUGCUUAUUUGAAUCACAGAGAAGUGAGCGCACAGGAAGCUGUAUAUCGCGUAUGUAACCUGAAAAUGAAGGAAUGCUCUAGGAAGGUAGUGUUUGUACCCGUGGGUGAAAAUCCUACCCGACUGACGAAACCAUUAGCUCAACUAAAAAGAUCACGUAAGAAUGAGGACAGUGUUCAGGAUGACGAGGAUGAGGAUGAUAUUUGGAUGACGAAUAUUGUAGAGAGGUAUACGAAUCGACCAAAUGAGCCAUUGUUUCAGAAUAUGUGUUUGGCAGAAUUUUGCUCUGAAUUCAGAAUCCUAGCAAAAUCACAGGUUCCAAAAACUCAGAAUGAAAAUGUGUUUGAACUGCAGAAUUCGAAGGGAUUCAUCCAGAGAAGAACACGUGCAAAGCCAGCUGUGAUACGAUACCCAAGAUUUGAUGCAGAGAAAAUGUCGGAGAAGUAUUUCCAAUGUCUGCUACAACUGUUCUUGCCUUACUGGGCAGAUAUUCAAUUGAAACCCCCAGGAUUUGACCUCUAUGAAACAUUUUAUGAAACUGGAAAUGUUCGAAUUCCAGGGAAGAAAAGACUGCAACCAGUAAAAUUAAUUGUAGACACCAACCACAUGCGUUAUGCGAAAAAUGAACAACUAAUUGAUGAGGCACAGGAAGCUUUCGAGAAUAUAGGAGAACAAGAAGAUGCUUGGGCAAGUCUUUGUCCAGAAACAGAAUCAAUGAGACAGGAAUGCAAUGCACAGAGAACAGAUAGACUUGAUUUAAAUGAUACAGAAGAGCUGCCAGACAUGAAAUCAGACAUAAUUUCUGAUGUUCUCUACAAGAUUCAACAGAAUGGACAGUCAACAGAAGAGAAUUUACAGAUCCUUCAAUCUUUGAAUGAAACACAAAUGAAGCUGUUCUACUCUGUACGUGAAUGGUGUUUGAGAAAAAGCUUCGGAGAAAAACCUGAUGCUCUGCACAUUUUUGUAACUGGUGGCGCUGGAACGGGGAAGAGUCAUCUUAUUAAAGCAAUACAUUACGAGGCAUCCCGAAUACUAGGAAAAACGUUGACAUCUCCUGACAGUGUUUCAGUACUACUUGCCGCAUUUACUGGAACAGCUGCAUUUAACACUGGAGGGAGCACUAUCCAUCAUUUAUUUUCACUACCGAAAUAUAUGCCUUUGCCCUAUGAGCCAUUGAGAGAGCAAAGUCUAAAUGAAAUGAGAGUUCAUCUCGGAGAUCUACAAAUUCUUGUUAUUGAUGAAAUUUCAAUGGUUUAUAAAAGAUUAUUAUACUAUGUCCAUGAACGACUGGUGCAAAUCAAGAAAUGCAAGGAGCCAUUUGGAGGAGUCUCGGUGAUUGCAGUGGGAGAUUUCUACCAACUUCCUCCUGUGAAACAGCGCAAAGACGAAAGACUGUAUAAAGUCAAUGCUCUUUACCCUAUUGAUUAUUGGGUCGAUUUUUUUAAAGUAGUAGAGUUAACUGAAAUUAUGAGACAACGUCAGGACAUCCCAUUUGCAACAGCACUGAAUUCACUUCGGACUAGAGACGCGAAACAAGUACUGGAAGAAGAAACGACUUCAAUUUUGAACGAUUGUGUAAGAGAAGGACCAGAGCAUGUCCUCCAUGUCUAUGCAACAAAUGAAGAAGUCAAUGGCUAUAACUUGACAAUGCUCAGGAGGACCUGUAAUGACCUUGUUGAGAUCGAUGCACAAGACUUUAUCAAGGAUCGAUCAACAGGCAAGCUUAUCUUGAGAAGUAAGCCAGUCACAAGAGAAAGGACAGAUAAUCUUUCUGGCAGCUUGUUAUUGGGGGUCAGUGCUAGAGUUAUGCUCACACGAAACUCCAAUGUUGAUGAUGGUCUAGUAAAUGGGGUUAUGGGGCACAUAUCUCACUUUCUGUAUGGCCAAAGGGAUAAUACAAAAGUUGUUGCAGUAGCGGUAGUAUUUGACAAUUUGAACGUUGGAAAGAAGACUGGAAAGAGAACAAAAGAUGGAAAUAUUGUUUUGAUCGAGAGAGUUCAGGAAGAGAUACUAGAAAAGAAAACAAAGAAUGUUGUGCGACAUCAGUUCCCUUUACGAUUGUCUUGGGCAUGCACAUCUCACAAGGUUCAAGGGAUGACAGUUGACAAAGUUGUCGUUAAUUUAGAUAGAACAUUUUCCCCUGGGCAAGGAUAUGUUGCUCUGAGCAGAGUUACAUCUAAGGAAGGAUUAUUUAUUGAAACCAACUCUGCUGAAUCAUUCCAAAAGAAAAUAUAUGCUGAUCCAGACGUCAAAGCAGCUUUGGAAGAAAUGCCGAAAUUGAUGCUUCCAAAUUUCGACGAGUUUAAACAAGGUUUUCAAAUUUUCCUUCACAACAUACAGAGUCUCAAUAAACAUUUCGUCGAUCUGAAAAAGGAUAUUCGAUAUAGAAAUGCAGAUAUCAUUUGCCUAACAGAAACUUGGUUGAGACCUGGACAAAAUCUCAGUGUAUUUGAAUUGGAUGGUUUCAACUUUCACCAAGUAGCUAGAGGAGACGUAUAUGACGACAGCAAUACUCAGGUUUUACAGUUGCGUGCAUCAAAGGGUGGAGGUGUGGCUGUUUAUACCAAAGAGACUGGACAAGAAAAACAAGUCUGUUUUCUUCCUUUUAAGAAUGUAGAGGGCAUAUGUGUGAAGUGCGUGUCGGAAGACGUAGUUGUUUUAACUGUCUAUCGACCAAACUCCUUAGAUACACCUCAAUUUUUAGUACAACUAGAAAGGGUGAUAACGUAUUACAGACUACAGAGUAAGUUCUUUGUUUGUCUAGGAGACUUCAAUGAAGAUGCAAGAUCUCUUGGAGUUAUUCAGGCUUUCAUGAGUAGUCAAGAUUUCAAGCAAGUUGUUCAUUUUAAUACAACAGAAGGGGCUACAAUUCUAGACCAUGUAUAUAUUUCAGCACGUCUAGAGGCAAAGGUCGAAAAAAUGCCAACUUACUAUAGUUACCACGAUGCAAUUAAGGUUUCCAUAACAACAAGCACAUAA